GUGAAGGCCCUGUGUAACCAUAGAAUGCAGAGGAAUAAACAGAAAGCAUAGCAACAACUGAGUUUGCUGUCUCACUAUCCUCAGCCUAGGCCAACCUGGACUUCUUCAUCCCAGAUGAGGUGGCCCCUACAUUUUAUAUGAAGGCUCUGAUUUUCCGUUUAACCGUGACCCGUCUGAGAGCAUGGCAAUCCAAUACAGGCAGGAAGAUGAAACUGAGCAACACAGCUAAAAUAAAGCGAAUACCCAGAAUACACGUGGAAACAGGAUGCAGUUGACCUAUGAAAAAUUGCCCAAGGACCCCAUUUAUGCCUCUAUAUCCCAUUUGACCGUCAAGAACUCCAAAUUCUCCCAGUGGCAAAAGGACAAAACUGACUAUUACAGCCAUGCUAAUCUGGUGGAUAAGGCAUUGAAGCUCUUGAAGGAAAGAAUAAUAAGAGGGGAUGCCACGGCAUAUUUCCUGCGAGGUCAACUCUAUUUUGAAGAGGGAAAAGGAGUGAACUAUAUGAAGCAAAUAAUUGAUUCUCCAUGUCCCAAAGCAAGACACUUGCAAUUUGCAGCUGCUUACAACCUUGGAAGAGCUUAUUACGAAGGAAAAGGCGUUAGCCGAUCGAUGGAGGAAGCUGAGAGACUUUGGCUUAUUGCUGCGGACAAUGGAAACCCUAAGGCCAGUGUGAAGGCUCAAAGCAUCCUAGGGUUGUAUUAUUCAACGAAAGAACCCAAGGAGCUAGAAAAGGCAUUCUUCUGGCACUCGGAAGCCUGCGGCAACGGGAGCCUGGAGUCCCAGGGCGCGCUGGGGCUCAUGUACUUGUACGGCCACGGCAUCCCCCAGGACACGGAGGCCGCGCUGCACUGCCUGCGGGAAGCCUCGGAGCGCGGGAACGUCUACGCCCAGGGCAACCUGGUGGAGUACUACUACAACAUGAAGUUCUUCACCAAGUGCGUGGCCUUUUCCAAAAGGAUUGCUGACUACGAUGAGGUGCACGACAUCUCGACGAUAGCCCAGGUCACGGACUGUCUCCCCGAAUUCAUCAGCAGAGGCAUGGCCAUGGCCGCCUUCUACCACGCCCGGUGCCUGCAGCUUGGCUUGGGGACCAUAAAGGAUGAAGCAACUGCUAACCAAUAUUACUCUAAAGCUUGUCGUCUGGAUCCUGCAUUGGCAGAUGAACUUCACUCUUUACUUAUUCACCAAAGAAUUUAGACCACAGUGCAUUUCAACAAAGACCGUGCGUCCUAAUGCCUUCAAAUGUGAGAAGCCGCCUCACCUGGAAUGUUUUCUAGCAGCUUCUGCUGGGCUCUCUGCUUCGUUUCCUGGCUUUGCUCUUUGCUUCUGAUUUUGGUCGGUGGUGCCAGUUUCCCGUUUGGCCAAAAAGCAUCCCGGAAAACGGUGAUGUAGUAAACCAGCAUCUGCUCGCUGAAAAUCCAGUUUACCGUGUCCCGAAUUUGUCUUUUAAGAGAAAUAUAUUUCUUGGAUGAGGUUUUAAAAAUUUUUUCAUACUCAGUUCUCAAAAGGCAUUUAUCAAUUAUCAAUAAGUAGGUUAAGACACAGCCUGGUCUAAAUGUUUGAUGAAUAAACUAGGAAUUGGCUUUUUAAACUCUGGCUCUGAGAGUUGGUUGUGAUUUUGGUAAAUCCUGAAUGACCAUUUAUUCCUGAGCUUGCAUUUUCUUUGGUGCUGACUUCUGUGGUGUCUUUCACUGAGAGGAGACUGACUUGUCUGAAGCUUGCACUAUUCUAACUGUGCUCAGAACUUAAUACACUGAUUUCUCCAUGAAGUGC